UUAGUGAGAUCACACCCAGAGCACUGUGCCGUUCUGGUCUCCCUUUCCUGAAGAAAUAUUAUUACUGUAGAGGGAGUAUAACAAAGGUUCAUCGGACUUCAUCCCAGGAUGGCGGGACUGUCCUAUACUGAGAUUGCGAAAACUGACCACGUCUUCUCUACAUUUUCUCACAAUUUAUUGAAUCUACAUAAUACUCAAAAGAAUAAAGAAGGGGCUGUGACUGGCUCGUGGACGGAUAUCGAUUGGCCUUUGAAGAUGAACCAGCUGCUGAUAGCGUUGGUCCUGGCAGUGUUGUCCAUGACAGAGGGCCUGGACAUCACAAACUUACACGCAUGUACGAAUAAAACCAAUGAUUUGCGACUUGAUUGCUCCUACACGACGACUGGCAGUAAAGCGGUCCAGUAUGAGUGGAGUCUCAGUGACGGCAAACGCACACUUGUGGUUGCAAGCACAAUCCACCCCGAAGCGCAAGCUGCCACUUUCAAGAAUCGUGUAAAAACAAUCUUGAAGGACACUUUGCUGAGGCUAACGUUGACUGGAUUUGGUGAUUCUGAUGACGGUGCGUUCACGUGCCAUCUUCACUCUGACAUCGAACCAAAGAAGGAUGUCAAUAAAACAAUUUCAGUGAAGCAUGGUGAAGUGACCACCUGCGGUGCCCCUGGUCUUGUGCUGGACAGCCCCCGAAUGCUGAUCUUCCUUCUCUCUCUUGCUAUCCUUCAUGCCGUGGAUGCUCUGCCUUGUAGAAGUCAAAACUAAUAUUUCAAACUGGAACACAAUGGGCAUGACAGUAAUUUCCCCAUGGAAUGAGCGAUUGUUCUGUGUCGUUAUCUUGCCCUCUAUCCCUUGCCCCCCACUGUCUCUCCUUUGUUUGUAUUUCUUGUGGGUUAUUUUCCUGGUUAUCUGCCCAUGACUUUACUGAGCAAAGAUGCAGUUUCAAUGAGUUACAAAUCACAUGAAGGAGCCUCUCCUAGUCUCCUCUCUCUAGCUCUGAAGCCAGCUGCCCUAAGUGCGGUAGGUAGACGGAGCUGGCAGUGAUGCUCAAAAGGAGAUCAGAGCCACCAAAAGCUGCAGUUUGCAGAAACAGUCAGUCUCUCCAUGAUUUCCUUGAUAAUGCAGAAUAAGUGUGUGUGUGUGUGUGUGUGUGUGUGAGAGAGAGAGAGAGAGGUCAUCUAAGAUGCAUCUCUGGGGACCCUUUUGAUCAAAGCUGUACUUCCAAUAUUUUUUGCAGGGAUUUGCUGCCAAGGUGUGACUCAAACUCUUGAAUAAAUUAAUCCAAGUGCUUUAGCCUUGAAUGACUAUAAUGCUAAGCUGCUGAGAAAUAUAGCUGUAUGUACUGGGAUCGUCAGCUCUGUAUUUUCCAUAAAGGCUGAGUUCUGUGCAGUGGAAUUUUUAAUUAUCAAAUAUCCAAUAAACAUUUCUCAUUUCCUUUACUCAAAUUAAAAA